UUCACAAAGAAGAAUCAAUGGGGAACUCUUAAUUCAAAAGGUUCUAUCCAGGUAAAAACGAAAAAUGAGGAGAAAAACAACUAGUAAAAUGCUUCUCCGUACUGGAUGCGUUUUGCUAGUUUUCAUCUCCGCCGUUAGCUCUCGAUCUCUUCAUCACAAUGUAUGGAAGCGAGAAGCUGAUAGCUGUGGCGGAGGAUGCGCCGCGGAAUGUGCUCCGGCAUGCACACUAUCCUGUUGUGAAACGCCGCCUCCUCCACCUCCAUAUGAAGCUCCACCACCCCCACCUGGACCACCAGGUCCAGACGGACCCCCUGGUUUUCCAGGCCCACAAGGUCCAAACGGUCCUAAAGGACCACCUGGUCUUCCAGGUCCACCAGGCCCUCCCGGAUUUCAAGGACCCCCAGGGAACCCAGCAGGCGCCAUUGGCCCUCCUGGACUACCUGGUCCCAAUGGUGUCAACGGGCCCCCAGGCGAGUUGGGAGAUAUGGGCCCUCCUGGACCUCCUGGCCCUCCUGGACCCCAAAUGCCUCCUGGCCCUCCAGGAUUGCCUGGACCACCAGGACCAGCAGGACCUCCAGGAACCAACGGUGAACUAGGACCCCCAGGUGAUGUAGGCCCACCCGGGAACCCAGGCGGUCCUGGCUUACAAGGAAACCACGGAAAUCCCGCCGGUAUACAAGGCCCUAAUGGACUACCAGGACCAAAUGGACCUUUAGGACCACCAGGACCUCCAGGUGACAUGGGACCACCCGGUCUUCCAGGACCCCAAGGACCACAAAUGCCUCCAGGUCCCCCAGGAUUACCGGGGGCUCCAGGGCCAAAAGGACCACCAGGAACGAAUGGACCACUAGGACCCCCAGGCGAUGUAGGACCACCCGGAAAUCCAGGCGGUCCUGGCUACCAAGGAAACCACGGAAACCCCGCCGGUCCACAAGGCCCUAAUGGACUACCAGGACCAAAUGGAAUUUUAGGACCACCAGGACCUCCAGGUGACAUGGGACCACCCGGUCUUCCAGGACCCCCAGGACCACAAAUGCCUCCAGGUCCCCCAGGAUUACCGGGGGCUCCAGGGCCAAAAGGACCACCAGGAACGAAUGGACCACUAGGACCCCCAGGCGAUGUAGGACCACCCGGAAAUCCAGGCGGUCCUGGCUAUCAAGGAAACCACGGAAACCCCGCGGGUCCACAAGGUCCUAACGGCCAGCCGGGACCACCAGGAAUCAAUGGACCACCAGGUCCAUUGGGUGAUGUAGGACCACCCGGUCUUCCAGGACCCCCAGGACCACAAAUGCCUCCAGGUCCCCCAGGAUUGCCGGGCGCUCCAGGACCUAAAGGACCACCAGGAACGAAUGGACCACUAGGACCCCCAGGUGAUGUAGGCCCACCCGGAAACCCAGGCGGUCCUGGCUACCAAGGAAACCAUGGAAACCCCGCCGGCCCACAGGGUCCUAACGGUCAGCCAGGCCCACCAGGAAUCAAUGGUCCUCCAGGUCCAUUAGGUGAUGUGGGACCUCCAGGUCUUCCAGGGCCCCCAGGACCUCAAAUGCCUCCAGGUCCCCCAGGGUUACCAGGCGUUCCAGGACCUAAAGGACCACCAGGAACAAAUGGACCACUAGGACCCCCAGGCGAUGUAGGACCACCCGGAAACCCAGGCGGUCCUGGCUAUCAAGGAAACCAUGGAAACCCCGCCGGCCCACAGGGUCCUAACGGCCAGCCAGGCCCACCAGGAAUCAAUGGUCCUCCAGGUCCAUUAGGUGAUGUGGGACCUCCAGGUCUUCCAGGGCCCCCAGGACCUCAAAUGCCUCCAGGUCCCCCAGGGUUACCAGGCGCUCCAGGACCAAACGGACCACCAGGAAUAAAUGGACCACUAGGACCUCCAGGAGAAGCCGGACCACCCGGAAACCCAGGCGGUCCUGGCUACCAAGGAAACCAUGGAAACCCCGCCGGCCCGCAGGGUCCUAACGGCCAGCCAGGCCCACCAGGAAUCAAUGGUCCUCCAGGUCCAUUAGGUGACGUGGGACCUCCAGGUCUUCCAGGGCCCCCAGGACCUCAAAUGCCUCCAGGUCCCCCAGGGUUACCGGGCGCUCCAGGACCAAACGGACCACCAGGAAUAAAUGGACCACUAGGACCUCCAGGAGAAGCCGGACCACCCGGAAACCCAGGCGGUCCUGGCUACCAAGGAAACCAUGGAAAUCCCGCCGGCCCACAGGGUCCUAACGGCCAGCCAGGCCCACCAGGAAUCAAUGGUCCUCCAGGUCCAUUAGGUGACGUGGGACCUCCAGGUCUUCCAGGGCCCCCAGGACCUCAAAUGCCUCCAGGUCCUCCAGGGUUACCGGGCGCUCCAGGACCAAACGGACCACCAGGAAUAAAUGGACCACUAGGACCUCCAGGAGAAGCCGGACCCCCCGGAAACCCAGGUGGUCCUGGCUACCAAGGAAACCACGGGAACCCCGCCGGCCCACAAGGUCCCAAUGGACAGCCUGGCCCACCAGGAGUCAAUGGUCCUCCAGGAGAAAUCGGGGAAAUAGGACCAGCUGGACUACCAGGACCCCCAGGACCUGCUAGCCCUCCUAGCCCACCUGGUCCUCCAGGACCACCCGGGCCAAAAGGACCUCCAGGACCAAAUGGACCACUAGGUCCCCCUGGAGAAUCCGGACCAGCCGGAAACGCAGGCGGUGUUGGUUAUCAAGGAAACCACGGAAACCCAGCCGGAGUUCAAGGACCCAAUGGCCAGCCUGGACCUCCAGGAAUAAACGGACCCCCGGGACAAAUCGGCGAGAUGGGACCCCCUGGACUUCCAGGACCACCAGGGCCCGCUAGCCCUCCUAGCCCACCUGGUCCCCCAGGGCCACCCGGACCUAAUGGACCUCCAGGACCAAAUGGACCACUAGGUCCACCCGGGGAAUGCGGACCAGCUGGAAACGCUGGCGGAGUUGGCUGUCAAGGCCACCACGGAAAUCCCGCUGGAUCACAAGGACCCAACGGUCAGCCCGGACCUCCAGGAAUUAACGGACCUCCGGGACAAGUUGGUGAGAUGGGACCUCCAGGUCUUCCUGGACCACCUGGUCCUGCAAGCCCACCAAGUCCACCUGGUCCCCCAGGGCCACCCGGACCUAAGGGACCUCCAGGACCAAAUGGACCACUAGGUCCACCCGGAGAAUGCGGACCAGCUGGAAACGCUGGCGGAGUUGGCUGUCAAGGCAACCACGGAAAUCCCGCUGGAUCACAAGGACCCAACGGUCAGCCCGGACCUCCAGGAAUUAACGGACCUCCGGGACAAGUUGGUGAGAUGGGACCCCCAGGUCUUCCUGGACCACCUGGUCCUGCAAGCCCACCAAGUCCACCUGGUCCCCCAGGACCACCCGGACCUAAAGGACCUCCAGGACCAAACGGAUGCUUAGGACCCCCAGGAGAUGCUGGACCGGCUGGAAAUACCGGAGGAGCGGGCUGCCAGCCUGCGCCUCCCUGCCCUCCCGCAUGUGAAACCGUUUGUGUAACUUCAUGUCCGUCUUACUGCUGCAAGAAGUCUCUAGCACACAAGAAAUCGUUCCUUCAUCAUCAUCAUCAUCACAACAAGUCAAAGGCGAAGAGAUCGGCCAAUAGCGAAAUGAAGAGAAGGAUCAGUCGUGGUACCAUCAAGUCAAAACUCAUUUCAACUCUCGACAGCAGAAAGGCCGAGAUGAAGAUUCAGAUAGUCAUCUGUUUGGCGCUUGUCGCCGUCAUAUCGGCCAAGUCGGUCAAGAAACAUAAGUCAGGAGCCAAGAGGCAGUGCUGUCCAGUUCCAUGCCCGGCACCAUGCCCAGCACCUUGCCCGGUACCAUGCCCAGCACCUUGCCCGGCACCAUGCCCUGUACCCUGCCCAGCACCAUGCCCAGUACCCUGCCCAGCACCGAUAUGUGCUCCACCACCACCCCCACCACCGCCACCACCACCAGCCCAACCAGGACCCCCAGGACCUUCUGGAUGCACCGGACCACCCGGAUCACCAGGAUGCCCCGGACCUAAGGGAAUGAUGGGACCCGCCGGACCAAGUGGACCCCCCGGACCACCAGGACCUCCACCACGCCCAGGACCCCCAGGACCUCCAGGAUGCAUGGGACCCCCCGGAACCCCAGGAUGCCCUGGCCUGAAGGGCUGCCCCGGACCUUGUGGACCUCCCGGACCCCCUGGCCCACCUGGACCUCCUGGAAACCCCGCCCCACCACCACCACCUCAGGUGUGCCCACCAGCACCUGCGCCAUGCCCAGUACCUUGCCCAGUCCCCUGUCCAGCGCCCUGUCCAGUGCCCUGUCCAGCGCCAUGCCCACCACCAUGCCCAUGCCCACCACCAUGCUGAUAAACACAGGGAUACCAUGUAUCGAGUUUAAAAUUGGUUAAAUAAACUGUUAAUUAAUUAUUA